AAAAAAAAAAAGCCGGCCGUGAUCGACGGCUCCUUUCUCCGUCACCCGGAGACAAAACCAUCCCGGGAUCGUUCCGAUCCCCCGGAGGAACCGCGGUCCCGCUCUUCCAGCCCACCUCGCGGGUGAGGCAGGGGCGGGUGCCUGCUCUCGCCGCCGCUUCCCCCCGGAGGAGGAGUCCCGGCCGGCCCAUCGCUCGGCCGAGAGAGAAGAUGACCCAGGCGGAGAAGGGGGAAACUGCUGCCGCUGCGGCGGCCGCAGAGAACGGGAAAGACAAAGAGCGCGACAAGGAGAAGGAGCAGCGCGGCGCCAAGAGACCCAUCGUCCCCGCCGCCGUCCCCGACUCGUUGCAAGAGCAAAUCCAGAGCAACUUCAUUAUUGUGAUACAUCCUGGCUCAAUGACUUUAAGGAUUGGAAGAGCCACAGAUACACUUCCUGUUAGCAUCCCUCACAUCAUUGCAAGAAGACAUAAACAACAAGGACAAAUCUCAUACAAAGACAGUUGGCUUCUAAGAGAAGGACUCAAUAAACCAGAAAGUACUGAACAAAGACAAAAUGGGCUUAAAAUGGUUGACCAAGCAAUAUGGUCUAAGAAGAUGUCAAAUGGUGCCAGACGUACACCUAUAUCACCUGAUCAGAUCCGAUCAUACAACAGACAAAUAAGACCUGCUAUUUUAGAUCACAACUCUGGGGCAAAAUGGACAAAUACUACUCAUCACCCAGAAUAUGUUGUUGGUGAAGAGGCAUUAUAUAUUAAUCCUCUGGACUGUUACAGUGUUCAUUGGCCUAUUCGGCGGGGACAGCUGAACCUUCACUUAGGACCUGGGGGUUCCCUUACUGCAGUCCUUGCUGAUCUUGAGGUCAUAUGGUCGCAUGCAAUUCAGAAAUAUCUAGAAAUAUCUCUGAAGGAUUUGAAGUAUUACAGAUGUAUUUUACUAAUUCCAGACAUCUAUAAUAAGCAGCAUGUGAAAGAAAUAGUAAAUAUGAUUCUCCUGAAAAUGGGCUUUUCAGGAAUAAUCGUGCAUCAAGAAUCUGUAUGUGCUACUUUUGGAAGUGGUUUAGGCAGUGCAUGUGUUGUUGAUGUGGGGGAUCAGAAGACAAGCAUCUGCUGCGUUGAAGAUGGGGUUUCACAUCAUAACACCAGGUUACGUCUUACAUAUGGUGGCUCUGACAUAUCAAGAUGUUUUUAUUGGCUUAUGCAGCGAGCUGGGUUUCCUUAUAGAGAUUGCCAGCUAGUUAAGAAGACAGACUGUCUUCUUCUCCAACACUUAAAAGAAACAUUUUGCCAUUUAGACCAGGAUUUAUCUGGACUGAAAGAUCAUGAGUUUCAAGUCCGUCACCCAGAUUCCCCAGCUUUGUUGUAUCAGUUGCGCUUAGGAGAUGAAAAGUUACAGGCUCCAAUGGCACUAUUUUAUCCAGCAACUUUUGGAAUUGUGGGUCAGAAAAUGAUAGUUUUGCAGCACAGGUCUCAAGGUGAUCCUGAGGACCCCCAUGAUGAACAUUAUCUCUUAGCUACACAAAGUAAGCAAGAGCAGUCUGCAAAAGCAACAGCUGACCGAAAAUCCAUGACCAAGUUGGGUGGAUUUGAUGGAGAUCUCCGAGGCCAAUCUGCAAGUGUUGCUGAAAAUGUUUAUCCUUCAGAAGUGGACUUAGGCAGUUCUCAUAGUGACUGCAUUAUUGGUGGAAAUGAAUCUGAAGAAAUGCUAACAACUCACAUGUCCCGAAAAACUGCUGUAUCUCAAUUUGAAGGGAAAGCUUUAGGCCUUGACAAAGCAAUUCUGCACAGUAUUGACUGCUGUGCAUCAGAUGAUACCAAAAAGAAAAUGUACAGUUCAAUCCUUGUAGUUGGAGGUGGCUUGAUGUUCCACAAAGCUCAAGAAUUUCUUCAACACAGAAUUCUCAACAAAAUGCCUCCUUCUUUCAGAAGAGUUGUUGAAAAUGUAGAAGUCAUUACAAGACCAAAGGAUAUGGAUCCACGUUUGAUUGCUUGGAAAGGUGGUGCUGUUCUAGCCUGCCUAGAUACAACACAGGAGCUCUGGAUUUAUCAACAAGAAUGGCAGCGCUUUGGUGUCCGUAUGUUACGUGAAAGAGCUGCAUUUGUGUGGUGAUCCAGUAUUAUUUAGAAAUAGUAUGUUUCCCUGAUCCCUAGUUUUGUGUUUUAAAUAAAUUAAACAGAUUAAA